GAAAAUAAGGUAAAAAUAUUGAAUUAUGGAAGAAAAUUCCGAAGAAAGAGCUAAACGACUUGCUCAAUUAUCAGAAAAGCUUGCAGUGGCAAGGCUUGAACAUGAAGUUAAAUCAUUAGAAACGGAAGUUUUAAAUAUUUUAAAGUCUUCUUUAUCUAAAAAAGCUUUUAUUUUAUGUGUUUUUGAUGCAUCUGCAUUAAUUGAUUCAUUAAAAAUCAUUAAAAGUUGGAUUGGGACAAAAUCAGUGAAAAUAGUUAUCCCUUUUUCUGCAUUAGAAGAAUUAGAUAGAUUAAAGAAAGGCACAGAUAUCAUUAAUGUUAAUGCUAGAAGUGUGAUACGUUUUUUGGAACGAUUUUCGAAUAAUACACCUGAUGAAUGGACAAUAAGAAUGCAAAAACCAUCAGAAACUGUUGAUUGGUUAGAAUGUGUACCUUUAUUUUCACUAAAUUCAGAAUCGGAGGGUAUUUUGUUAAAACAUAUCAUGAAACAAAAAGGUUCAUGCUUAAUUGAAUCUAAAUAUACACAGACAAUUACUGCGCAUAAAACGCCGAGGGGUCUUCGUUCUUUAAUAUGUUUUAUGGUUUAUCUACAAAAGAAUGUUGGUGCAGAAUUUUCAUCUUGUCAAUUAAUUACACACAACCCAAUUACUAUAGCAUGGGCAAAAUUAUUUUCUAUUAAGACAUUUACUGUAGCACAAUUAACUUCAGAUAUUGCUUUAAAUAUGAAGGAACAUAUUGAUUCUAAGAAAAAAUAUAAUUCUUUAAAAAAACGAUUUAAAUCAAAUUCAGCUAAAUUGUCUCUUUUAUAUCCAGAGAAAAAAUAA